AUGUUCGGCUACUCCUCCAACGCGUCUUCCAAGACCUCAUCGAGCGCAGCCUCAACACACUCCACCGUCUCCACAGCGACAACUCUCAAUUCAGCCAACGCCUCUACCAAGAACCACAAGUGGUACUCACUCGGUUCAACAUCCUUGAACUCCGGUUUCCAGAAUACGACCACGGAUAUUGAGAAGAAGAAGCUACACAACGAGGCUCUUGCUAGCUACUUUAGCCUGCGCUAA